UGAUUGUGUUACGACGUGCCGGAACCAAAUAUAAACAAUCGCUACCAAGAGCCUUUACAUAGUCAAAAGUCUUUACCACUUAAGAACAUACAGAGCGUAAGAGAUUUCGAAAUCACACGCAGAGUCUCAGUACAAAGCAAGAUCAAUAAUUCCGGCAUCUUGCCACCAACCAGAUGAAGUGCUGUUUACGGCAUAAACAAGACCCAUACCUCGAAGAGCGAGGAUUGCCCAGUAACCAAUUUGAAGUCGCGUUGCAGAGAAGAAGCAUCCAACUGAAAUUACUUCACCGGUAUCACAAUUUCAGGAUAUCGUAAAGGAUAAUUUGAUGGCAAUGCGCCGAUUUGACAGAACGUACGCCAGCUUCCCAAACGUCGACUUACCAAACGCCAAUAAUGACAGGCGAAUGAUUCUCCCAAGAGAAGAUACUUGGCUAAGAUCGUCAGUUGAACAAUUAACAACAACACAGAACAAGUUGAGACAAAAUGUGGCACAAAAUAACGAAAACAUCGCUUUGUGCAGACAAGAAAACGUCUCAGUGGCUGAAAACUUGAGAACAGCUGCAAGCAUGUGGCAGCAAUUCGGUGACAAAGUUUCACGUCUGGCAGACCAAAUGGAUUACGAAAGACAAGCUACGGAGUCGUCGGCCAAUGAAACAAAGAAAAAGGUCUCAACAUUGGCUAACCAGUACAGACAACUGAUGAACGGAGGCGUCCAGGUCGAGCGAAAUGUUUCCAGAAUGGAAGAGGAAAUUCUGAUAUUGAAGCAAAAUAGCGACCAGACAAAUAAAAAGGUUCAGGCUAUGUCGGAGAAAAUUAAUGACGUAAUGCAACAGCUAAAUAAACUUAACAACGCAAUGGACAUUGGGAUACAGGAUCUCAGACAGCUGAGUCAUCAAACUGAAAUUAAUUCAAAGAAAAGUGCUCGAGGCAUGAUUCAAGACAUAGAACAUAAAAUUGACAACGAGGAGCAAGAAAGAAGGGAAGACAGCCUAAAAUUCGCGACAAAAUUAAAUGGAUUAGAAGCUAUUGUGCUAGAGCUGAAAAAAGCAAAAAAUUCGGAUCCAGCAAACUAUUUGGCACUGCUUGAAGAGAAGGACCAUGAAUACAAAGCCGAGCUUAAGAAUUUCCUAAAGAAGGUGAAAAAUCACGUGGAUGAGCAACGCUAUACGCUCAAUGCUUCAAGCGGCGAUUUAAACGAAGAUGUUGGCAAGAGAUUGCGUUCAUUCGAAAAGCAACUCGAUAAAGAACAACAAGAGAGAAUAGAUGGCUUAAGAAGACUGGAAGAAGAGACUGCAAAGCAUUUUGAGCGUGUUUCUGGCCACAUAAUUGAACAGCUUGAUACUCUCGGAACCACUAUUGAAAACUCGCCUUCAAAUCCAGACAUACAGAAAGAGAUUCUCGAGAUGAAGAAAGAAAUAGGCGUAAACAAGAAAACAAUCGAUCGAGUCUUACGAGCUGAGAUAACUGCAAGAAAAUCGCAGGCUCAGAAAUUCAACGAUUCAAUUGAGGGUUUUGAGAAAGAGAACAGUAGAACAGCGGGUGUUUUGCAGAAAGCAAUAACAGAAAUGAAAACAUACGUUGACAAAGAACUAGAGGCUAAAACAAGCUUGUCACCAGAAAUCGUUCAUCCAAUCAUACCAACACUGGAUAAAAGGCUUUCAGAUUUGGAAGAAAAACUGACCCAAAGAGGGACUGAUAGCAAGACACCAGAGUCAAUGACAAUGAGAAGUGACCGAGAGUCGAUCCAACAACUAGAAGAGCGCUUCUCAGACUUCGAUGAUCGGCUGAAUGACCAUAGGGAAAAAUUUGAGAAGGCAUUUGGCUCUAUUGACCAACUAAAUGAACAGCUGGAAAAGCGUUUUAACAAUUUUGAUUCAAGAAUAAAUGAGCAAAGCUCGAGAAUCGAUAAGGCCACAGACUCCAUUAGUGAUAUCAAUCAAAGCUUGGAAAAACUUAACCGUAACAUUGAAGAUAAACUGGCUGAUCAGAAACUGUCCCCAGAAAAGGCCACAGACUCCAUUAGUGAUAUCAAUCAAAGCCUGGAAAAACUUAACAGUAACAUUGAAGAUAAAUUGGCUGAUCAGAAACUGGCCCUUGAAAAGACACCAGAGUCAAUGAGAAGUGACCGAGAGUCGAUCCAACAACUAGAAGAGCGCUUCUCAGACUUCGAUGAUCGGCUGAAUGACCAUAGGGAAAAAUUUGAGAAGGCAUUUGGCUCUGUUGACCAACUUAAUGAACAGCUGGAAAGGCGUUUUAACAAUUUUGAUUCAAGAAUAAAUGAGCAAAGCUCGAGAAUCGAUAAGGCUACAGACUCCAUUAGUGAUAUCAAUCAAAGUAUGGAGAAACAAAACAGUAACAUUGAAGAUAAACUGGCUGAUCAGAAACUGGCCCUUGAAAAGGCCACAGACUCCAUUAGUGAUAUCAAUCAAAGCUUGGAAAAACUUAACAGUAACAUUGAAGAUAAACUGGCUGAUCAGAAACUGGCCCUUGAAAAGAGGCUAGAAUCGGAAAAAAGGAAUGAGAUGGAAUCAGUCAGAAAAUUGGAAGAGCAUCUGGCAGAUAUUGAUGGCAAGUUAAGCAAUCAGGAAGCAGAUUUGAACCAGGAAAUCGGAGCAAUAAGAAAAACCGUACAGAACAUAUUGCCUCUAAUUAGGGAGAGGACAGUCAACGUGGAAACAAGGGCUGGUAGUGCUGUUGAAAACAGCAAGAAUUCGGAUUCUUUUGAUGGAGUGCAAAAGAUAAUUAUUGAUCAGUUGGACGAGCGUAUUUCACACAUUGAUGCAAAACUAGACGAUAAAGAACAAGAAUUUGAGAAGAACACCAAAUCUAUAAGAGAGCUAGAUCAACAAAUGGAAAAGCGUUUUUAUGAGUUGGAUGAAAAAAUGAGCGAUUCAAACAUAGUAUUGGAGAAGAACACCAAAUCUAUAAGAGAGCUAGAUCAACAAAUGGAAAGGCGUCUUUAUGAGUUGGAUGAAAAAAUGAGCGAUCAAAACAUAGUAUUGGAGAAGGAAAUCAAAUCUAACAGAGAAAGUAUAAAGCAGGUAUAUCCAACCAUCGACCGACGGUUGGAUGACGUCGAAAUAAAACUGAAUAAGAUUCGCGAAAACAUCGAGCAAUUACAGUCUUCGGAUAACAACACUACAACAGCUGUGUCUAAUUUAGAGUCACGCCUCUCUUACGUUGAGAAAAAGUCCAAAGACCAGGAAAAUAAUUCAAAGACACCAUCAGUAACCGAUGAGCUUACAUAUGAAAAAGUUUAUUCACUGGAAAGGGAUGUUGUCGAAUUGAGCGAAAGAUUAAAAGAUCACGACAAAAAGAUUCAGAAUUUUAACAAAAAUGAAGAAAACCGUCAGAAAGAAGUGCUUUUAAUGCAACAAGAACUGACUGAAGUUAAAGACAAACUAGCAGAACACAAAAAUGUGUUUCAGAGAGCUGAUUCAAACUGUAGUCAUGUGUUGCGAGUAGUGCCUCCUCUUGAAAAUCAUUUGAAGGACUUGGAUAAAAGACUAAAAGCCCACGAGAGAAUGAAGAUGCAGACACCGGUGGCAACGGAUGAAGGAGCUAACUAUGAGCAAUUGUAUGAGUUGGAGAAGGAAAUGGUUGAAAUCAGGGAAAUAUUAGCAGAGUAUGAUAAAUUGUUAAAGACGCGUAAAUCGCAAGUACAAAAUGGCUUAAAAGAAGAAAUAUUAAUUGAGGUUGAUGAAAAGGUAUCAGAUCUAGAAGAGAAGCUGACUAGGAAAAUGCAAGCAAGUAGAGUUUGGAACAUGAGAAAGUCGUCAACGAAUAAUGGAAAUAGCCCAGAGAUAUCGGAGAAGCUUUCAAGAUUAGAAGAAAAAGUAAAGUGGCAAAUGUCGAUGAUAAUAAUGGUAGACAGGAAACUAAAAGAUGGAAAAGAAAAAAGCGAAGACCAACAAAUAGAAAGAGCAAAAACAGCAGCAAGUCACAGGCCACGAUUCGAAGCAAGACCCCCACAAGUCAGACGAAACUCAUCCUUCUUAAGAAUCGAACAUGCAAAGAGAGCGCAAGGGAACAGCGAUGUUCAUUUCCUAAAGGAGAGGCUACUUAAACUGGAGCAAAAUAUACAAUACAUGCUGGAUAGCCAGGAUGAAACCGAUAAUGACAUUGCCCUGCUACAAAGGCAGUUUAAACGGGAGAUUGUCAUUGAUAAGAAAAUUAGAAACAAGUUGGUAGAAUUCGUAAACAAGCGAUGCUUGGAGGGCCAAAGGAUCCCGAUGUUUGUCAAACAUUUUAGUGUUCAUCACCUCAAGUACUUUACGAACUACACGGGAAAAGCGGUAUUGAUAAACAAAUGGGGAAUGUAUCAAGCAUUGCGAAUGUAUGAGUUCAAAAAGAAGUGGCUUGCUCUAAUAGGCAAGCAGCCAUUCGAGUUAACGUUAAAAGAAUAUAAAGAAAUGAGACGAGAAGAAAAGGAGAAGGAACGUGAACAGGCAAGGAAGGAGCAGAAGAAGAAACCAGUUUCGCCCAUCGUUGUUGAAUCCGCAUCUUCUGAAAGCGAACCGGAGUCUGAACCUGAGCCAGAACCAAAAUCAGAACCUGAAGCUACAAAGGAGGAGCCAGAGGAAGAUGAGAACGACGAGGACGAGAAACCGAAAGAACCGGAAGGCCCGGUCAGGAUUAAUUAUGAAGACGAUAAUUCAGGUGAUGACUACAUUCAAUAUAAAACUGAUGAUGAAGAUGACGAGACGGACGAUGAAUACUUCCCACAAACGUCUGAAGAUGAAGAUGACUCAAAAUUAUUCUCUGAUGAAAACGAAGAGGAUGACGACGAAGAGGAUGACGACGAAGAGGAAGAUGAUGAUAAUGACGACAAUGCAGAAGAUGCUGAAGAAGAUGAAGAGGGAAACGAAGACAAAGAUCCAGAAGCAGAAGAUGGUGAAGAUGAGGAAGGUGAAGGCGAUAAUAGUCAAACUGAAAAAGACGAUAAUGAUGCAAAGGAAUCUGAAAAGGGCGAGGAAGAGGAAAAAGACAAUGAUGCUCAGGAGAAUGACGGAGGUGAAAAUGAAGACGACACUGCCGAAGGCGAAAACACAGCGGCUGACGAAAACACAGCGGCUGACGAAAACACAGCGGCUGACGAAAACACAGCGGCUGACGAAAAUACAGCGGCUGAUGAAGAAAAUGCGGCGGAAGAAGAAACUGAGGAAGAGGAAAGCAUUGCAAAAGAUGAAGACACUGCAGAGGAAGACAAUGAAGAAGAUAACGAUGACGAUGAACAGGAUGAUAAAGAAAGUGAUGCAGGCAAAGAGACUGAGGGAGAAAAAGAAGAUCCAAAUGGAAAUGAAGAGGCCAAAAAUAAAGAGACAAAUAAAGGCAAGGAAGGAAGUGGGAAAAGCGAAUCGAUAGGUGGAAAUGACAAAAAGUGAUUUGAAAAUGUAAAUUAUGCCAGCACAUAAGCAAAGACACAAAUGUGACGAUUAAGAGGACGAGCAUCCGUUCAUAUUUGCAAAGAGAUAACCGAAAUUCAAAACUUACUAAGAUGAGCGACAUUUUAAGGCUGUUGACAGCCACCACAACAAACUACUCUUUAAAAAGAGAUUAAAACUGGCAAGGCACCACUAAAGGGUCGCAUCUUGCAGCUAUUGUAAAUGUGUAUUAUUUAUAUAAACUAGAGCAUCAAAUGCAUUUUAGGCACGACUUUACAUGGCCUUUAUCGUCAAUUUACUGCAAAAUCUAAAUUUUAACGUUUUGUGUCUAAAAGUAUAGUUUAGAAGCAAAAUUUAGACAAUGACGUGAAGAUUAGUACUUAAUGACUGUCAAAACUCGGGCAUAUGAUCCACCAAGCUCUAUU